GUUGAGUUUUGAUUUUUGAAGUUUCAUAAUUGUUUUGUUCAAGGGAUAUUGCUUUCACAGGCAGUCAAGUCCUUCUGUUUCUUUGUUACAUGUGUGUGGAAUCUAAUUACUUACCGGCCUGUUGUCCUAGUCUGAAGGUGCUACAGUAAUCCUUUUUUCCGUUGGGUCCUAGUUGACUACCGAGGUCGUACUAUUACUAAUUGUCGGCGACACAGUGUCUGUAUAUGUUUUGGUGGAGCUUGCCAUUACCACGCAACGCAUAGUUGCUAUCUCAGUAUCUGGGCUGUCCUCCGCCGGUUCCCCUAUAGGCUAUAACCGUACUUUGACCGAGAAACUCAACUAUGUCGUAGUUGUGGCGUUUUGUGGAUGAGAAAGAUGCCUGCAGAUUCGUUCACUAUACCCCCGAGGAAGCAGGACAAAGAAAGAGAAUGGCCACAAGAUCCGGUCUGUGUUGUCGGCAUCAUUGGCAAGUCUGGGGUUGGCUCGGCGGACAAGGCUUCACUGAGUAACCUGACUUUAGAGAAGCUGGUUUUUCCUGUGCAGUAUCAGUCGCACAACUCUGUGCUGAGAAAGCUCAGGAACAUCUCAUCUGCGUCGGCUCUGCCAGAUGAGGAAGACCGCGAUGUUUCCUUCUCUGGGUAUUACGAUGCCGAGCAGCAGAUUCUUUACUUGCAGCUGCUGUCCAUGCAUGAUGCUACACAGCUUUCCAAGAUUUGCCAGCGCGUGCAGCGCACUCUCUCGCAAUCGGCAUGGCACGAUGCCUGGCGGAAUCAGGAGAACAAGUACUGCAAUGCGCUGCUCUUUCUCUUCUGCACCUGCCAUGUCAUAAUGGUGACUCACCCAACCGAUCAAUUUGACCCUACUUAUGUCCACAUGUUUGAAUCUCUGGCCAAUAUCAGGGAGAGUGUUGAGCGUAGCCUGACACAAUACUUGGAAGACUCGCUGGACGAGGCCGUGUGUGGCCUAUGGCUGGCCAGUGGGCGCUGUGCGUUGCCAAGGCUACUGUUCGUGCUGAAGCAAAAUCGCGUUCAGUCUAUGGAUUCAGCGGCUUCCCGUGACAACAGUGGCAACGUGGAUGCUGCAGGUCGUCUCUCUGAAAACUGGAUACAGAGACAGGCGAGUCGCUAUGGUGCCGCAUCGCCAUCGAAGCGUUUUCAGCUGUUCGUAGAGGAUCAAAUCUACAACCUCUGCAAGAGAUGCCGGACACGGCUUAUGACAGGGGAGAAUGCACUGUUCACGCUGAGUCCGCACAAAUUCCUGCACGUCGUCACACCCAAUGCGUCAGCAUCAUCCGCCAGUGCUGCGUCAUCGUCGCUGGACUCGAUGGCCAUUCUCAUGCAAGGACUGCCCAAUCAGUUGAGACGACCACAGUUGCGAGCUGCCGGUCGAGCUUCGCAUGGUCAUCACACAUUGGAAUCACGGCUGACGUCAGCAUCCGGUCGACCCCCAUCGCCUUCUGCCUCGGGUACCUCAACGUCGGAGCAGCGCCACAGUCCGAACUUUCACAGCAGCAGGAUCUCAUCGUCGGCAACAUCUGCCAUCCACCCGGUUGCUGGACCGUCGAAAGUGUCCGAGCGAGCAUCUGAUGAGACCCAGAGUCUCCAGGGCUUUCUGAUGCGGCACGUUGAAGCCAUUCACCAGGGGGCUGACACAAUGGUGUUCGACAAGCUGGCAGUGGGGAAGAAUGACGGAGUGCUGCCCAACUGUGACGACUGGUUCGCCGUGGCGUCAGUCAUCUACGACUUCUUCCUGGGUGCUGACGGCAUUGGCGAUCAGUACGAGAAGGAGCGUGUUCGAAUGCCACUGCAGCUGCAGCAUCAGUUCUCAGAGAGUCGCUGUAGCAAAGCAGCUCCGGCAGCAUUCAACGCAUACAAGGAGGGUCUCCCUGACCUGUACACGACCAGCCAACACAAAGUCCAGCUGGACAAUGCACUGCGAGUCUUUUCUGUCCAGUCCCGUGGCCCAUCAAUGCAUGUGUAUAUUGAUGAGAUCAGGCAGCGAUGCGAAGAGUACUGGGAGGAUGGCCACAAGGCGUGCGAGCAAAUCAGCAUGACUGGACGCACAUGCCACCUACCGUAUCAUCUUCUGCCGAAAACCAGUGACAAUGGUGGCUCGGAAGAAUCUGACGGAACGGACACGCCACGUGUGCAGCAUUCUAACAAUCACGUGGCUCUGCAUUCGUGUAACUGUGGCCGACUCCAGACCGACCGUCCGGACCCCUUCACACUGAAGGAUGCAAACUUCACAUUCUACGAGACCUUGGAGCUGGGUUGCUGCGGACAGCUGGCCCGUGCUGUGUUUGCCAGCGCUCCGCCGGUGUACGCGAAUCCCGUCGGUUCGUUCGACUAUCCGACGUUGUUCACUGACGUUGCCAGCACCCAGGCAAGCCAGAGUGCGUCUCUUCACGCUGCCGGCCAGAGCUACAGGCACCUGUCCCUGCCCACACUGCAGCAGCGCGCCGAUGAAAGUGUGAGCGCUGCCGCCGCCGCGCUUUACACUGGCCGCACCAGUCCCACCAGUGCGGCACUCGACACAGCUGCAGAGCCGGAGCAGGAGCCGGGAACCUCGGGCACAGCUGCAGAGCCGGAGCAGGAGCCGGAGCAGGAGCCGGGCACAUCGCGCGCAGCUGCCGUGUCAGUGCGAAGGGAGUCCCUAAUCAAGCGACGCAGCGAGCUGAUGCUGAAGCACGAAGCGCUUGAUCUUGCCAGCGGUAGUACAGGCAGCAGUGGCGAGGAGCCUGCCGACACGACUGCUGAUCCGUCGUCAGCAGCAGCAGCAGCAACAGCACAGCCCUCGCCCAGUACUAAAGACAGCUGUGACACUGCCAGCCCUGCGGCAGAAGAUCAAGACCCGUCGUCAGUCACCAGUCCUAAGAGCACCGACAACGCUGGCCCUGCGGCAGAAGAUCAAGACCCGUCGUCAGUCACCAGUCCUAAGAGCACCAACAACGCUGGCCCUGCUGCCGCUGACAGUGGUGAAGGUGAGGAGGCUGCCGGAAUGGAGAUUGCUGACGAUGCAGCCGCAGCGGAGUGGUCGCUGUACAGUGAUGCGUUAGCUGCGAACAUGGCUGGUUCAGACACGGGCCUGCAGAAUGACGGCGUGCAGGACUACGAAGAUCAGGAGGAGUACGAGGAUAACGAAACGCUCCGUCCGAAUAUGACAGCUUUAUCGGCUGAUGUCAGUGUGGAGACGGGAGAUGUCGAUGGCAAUGUGAUGGUCCACAGUGCCUCUCCAUUGGACUUGGUGCCGACCUUCCCAUCUUGGUCCGUUGUUAGCUUGGGCAUUGCUUCCCAGUACAACUCCGCUACAGGUCUGCCACAGCCAGGUUUCCUACAAGGCAGCAACUUCCUUCUGGCAUGGGACAUCCCGCUCAACGCUACGCAUGCAGGCCCGUUGUGCUUGUCCGGAGCAAAUGCGUGGACAGCACUCGCCCAGUGCAUGCAGAAAGGUCGCCCUAUCCGCCCUACGAAGUCCCUCAAAGACACCGGUGUCAGUACAAGAUUGUUUGUGGGAAUGGAGUACGAGUGCUUCUAUGGCAAUAGAUUCCUGGCCGCUGGUCCCAAUAAGGCAUCAAAGAUACAUCCCACUGGGCAUUUGAAGGAUUCCGCUAGCCGGGUAUUGGCAACGCCUAUGCCUCUUUACAUGGGCUGCCCUUGCAGAUCUGCUGGAAAGGCACACAUGGCACAACUGAUGCGGUUCUUCAUCACCACACCGGCCGAUGACAUCCAGGUCAUUCUGCAUCCUCAUGUACAGCCUGCGCCAUCGCCGUGCCCCGUAUUCAACUCUGGCAUGCCGGCAGGUGUUGCACUUCCGAGGAACAGCUUCUGCGUCCUCCGCUUCCCCUUCAUCUACGCCGAUGACACUGGCGCUAUUCUGCCGCCGUCCGAUCACAGCCGCAGCGUACGCGCCUGCUACCUGCUGGAGGGUCUGAUCGAGCUGCGCUCCCUUCCCGACCACUGGCAGUGAGUCGCCAGACACAGCUGCGUUCCUGAUGGGACCACGACGACACUAAACGACCAAGACUACCUGCCCGCUUCUACUUACAGUUGAACUGGUGAGGGGACGUACGUGGGCAUACUCCGAGGAAGGGCAGACGAGUAGAAGACCACACUGGAAGACUCCCCUUGAGAUCCUACCGAGCAGACUGCAGACCGCGCCACAGCACUACCUACACAGUUGGACAGUCAUGAUACCGCGCAGGAUCCUCGAUGGCCAAUGAGCUAAGACAAUGCACAUUGCCCACGUUGCCCGCGGCGAAGGCAAACAAUCCAGGCCGCGACGCAGAAGACAUCAUGUGCGUGGCUGUUUCUCCUUUCGAGUUCUGUGUAGCCAACGCUGAUUGUGGAGAGAGAGAGAAAAAGAAAGAGGUCCCCAGUGCAGCAUCUUGGCUGCUGGAGAAAGUUCCGCUUCUUGUACUCUCCGGCGAGUCACUGCAUUCAUUCGCUUUGCGGCCCUUCGUAUUUGCAGACUGCAUGCAGGCCGCCAUGUGGCCUCUAUAUCUCACCCGUGGAAUGAGACCCGCAGUUACCUUAUGUAGGGCAUUAGCACCCAAGAUGUACGCUCAGUUGGAUGCUUCACAUUACGGGAAUGUGUGUGCACGCAUACCAGUAUUAUAGACGAUCUAUCGUCAACCCUUUCGGGGUUUCCGAAGCCAAGUUAGCAGAUCAUGAUUCCAUCAUUGUUUGGUGGCAUUUUGGCCAUCGUUGCCAUACCACCUUCCUUCCAGUGUGCUCAGGUAUUUUAAGCUUUUUUUAGACUGAACUUGAACCUCCACAGUACAACGGCAAAGCAGGCAGCUCUAAAUUAAUUUUUGAUUUUUUUUAUCUGCACCGGUACUUGUAGAUGAACUUCACUUUCGAAAUUCACUUUGGUGACCUGCUCAAUCCACCCUGCAACCUGUUAAAAAUAGAACAGCUUUUCCUGUACACUGCACGCUGCUUGGCCCACGUGUAGCCACGCAUCGUCAUACAAGUAGCCGUCUCUUGCGAGAGUAUCUAGCCCGGCCCGUGGGUUAUGUUGCUGAAGUGCUUGCUUGCCUUUUUCAACUACUGUACCCUUAUUCCCGCAGGCAGUUUUUUUUACCACAGAGCACACGUUCAGCGCUCAGCAUCAGGUGCUGUUUCUUCCACGCAUCAUUUGUUUGCUUUUAUUUUGCUGAGACACGUUGUAAUCUUUGUCUAGACGUCCUCCUCCCCCACGCGUGCAUGCACACGCACACGCACGCACACACGCACGCAUGCACCCAUUGUGACGAUUGUAAUACUUCGCAGUAGCAGUGCCAGUGCUCUUUCCAUGAAUGCUCAUGAUAAUUAUGUUCUGACAAACAUGGUGUUCUACAUGAUGGUACAUGCACUCCUCUGAAAACACUCCACUUUAUUGUCACACAAAGCUUGUCAUAGAUGAUGCGAGGUGUAUUGCAUACUACAUUGUAGUUUUAUCCCCGUUUUUCAUGGAAGCACUCCAACGCUGCAAUUCACACAUAACUCAUCGUCAUCACCCGUACCAUAUUUGGUCUCUAUGUCUCUAUGGUCUCUAUGUUACAAACGUCUCCAUCGUCAUUUGGUUUUUUUGGCAUGGUUGUCCUCAUAGUGAAACAUUAACCCCCUUGUAUCAUUUCCGGUAAGCCAUGUUGCACUUCGAAGUUGAGCGGGUAUACUCUGA